ACCAAGAGUGACGACAUAAUAAUAAUCUCGUUAUUGUACACCCAUUUCAGCGACUUGAAAGUAAUCUUACGCCGAUUUUCAGUCUUGUAUAACAGUAGCCGGGCUGUUGCACAUUGGAACCAAUCGCACCAUCGCUGUGUGAUCUAUACUCGACGACAAGAUGCCCAAGUCACCCUUCUCUCCGGGCUCAAGCCGUACAUUCUCAUCCGUUGGCCGCAUGCCCGUCAUCGCGGAGGACGACUCACUCCCCGCCAUCACGCACCCAAAGGCAGCUGCCCUCCCUCCACCACCGCCAUGCCGUAGCACAAAACCGAAAUACUACGGUCGCUCGCCAGUACCACGAGCUAUCAACUCGCACCCGUCCUACCCUCCUCCGGCCUAUUCCCGCAGCUCGUCUCGUGACAGCACCCUCAGCACUCUGAGCACACGCAGCCUGCUCAGCGGAGGCAGCUAUGGCAGCCGUCCGAGCUCGGGCACAUCAACCCCCAGGCUUUCUCCCAGGAAUUCUCUCAAGGACAAGUCUCGGCUCCUCCCCAUCACUACGCCCGUAGGGCUAUCAUCGGCUGCGGAGAAGAACAAGAAGGGGCCCUGGAUCACCCGCCGCGGCAAGAGAUAUCGCAUGAUAAUUGUCCUUAUCCUUGGAAUCAGCCUGAUUGUUGGUCUGUCAGCUGGCCUGACAGUUGGAAAGCGUACUCCAACUCCUCCAACAUCGUCAGCUACCACGAACUCGACAAACCUGUUUCCUUCCGGCUCGUUCGCCUUCAACACGGCUCUGUUAGAAUCCAGCACCGGAUGUACAGCCAACCCAUCGACAUGGCGCUGCUUCCCGUACCAAAACUACUCGCAAUCCGCGAACGAUUCUCUCGCAUCCUUUUUCUGGACAAUCUCGCCAAAGAACUCGUACACCUACCAGAUUUCAUCCUCCUCCAACCCCUUUGCUCCGCAGUUCACAAACCAGACAAUGGUACUGCUCGAAGGAAACACACUCAACGAGCGCCUCGUCUUCAACUUUUCCCUUCCCAAGACCGUGGUCCCGUCCGAGGCCAUCACCGAAGACGGACGCGCUGCAACCUGCACAUUCUCCGACACCGCAUUCCGCGCAACCCUCUGGACGAGACGCAACACGACCACGCUGCUCGGCACUGUUGCGUCUGGAACGAACGCGACUAGCACUGAUGGAAACGUCAAGUGGGGAGCAUGGACCGGCCAAGUCGAGAUCGUGCAAGUCAAGAAGGGGGGACCUGAGUGCCAGGAUAAAGCUGGGAAUGCCGUCACGGUCGCGGCGGGAAGAGAACAGUGUAAGUGCCGGUACGCCAAUCACGACCUCAGCUCGCAGAAAAAGACGAAGAGGGAUUGGCAGGCAUAAGAAAAGUUCGGUGGUCUUUGCUUCAGGAGUUUUUUGGGUUGAUGUUGGGUUUUGGAAACGAUGAAAUGUACAUACCAUCUGGAGUUUUGGAUGACAAGGGCAUUACCACUAGACUUUUGAAAAGAUACCCUACAUUGGAAGAAUUAUCUCUUUUGUGCCCUAACUUCUUUCAUCAUCUCAUCAUAUAAAGACCGCGCAUACUUUCAUCUACCUUAUGGCUUCUGGGUAAAAGCCUAAGGUUUAAGUAGAGCUCAUGACUAUGAUAGGCCCAGAGAAGUUUCCAAAGACUCAUGCGGAGGACGGACUCUGUUGUAUUAUUCUGGUAAUUGUUUGCUGUACCCUUUCAUUAUAAUAUACCCUAUAUAUA